UUGUACCUCUGUUUAGUAUACUCAGUAUUUCCCUAGUCACUUAAGACAUUGAAAGUCACCAUGAAGAAGUGGGCCAGUCAGUCAGUAUGAUGUGGGAUGGGAUGGAUGCAGCACUUCACGUGAAAAGAAAUUGCAGCUAAUGUUUACCCUGCUUGAAAAUAAUUGACUGCUUAUUUGCAUUAGGACAUUUGUGUGCAUCCUUUGUUUAGUUUUUUUUCAUUGUUUGAAAAGUUGUGCUGAUGGAUACAGAAUAUUUCCAACACAAAGGGAUUAACUUUGCUUCAGUCGUUUACUCAAAAGAAAGACUUGAGUAUCUGGAGAAUGAGUUUCAAGUUCAGGAUGAUGAUGUCUAUAUCGUUACCUUUCCCAAAUCAGGUACCAAUUGGAUGAUGGAAAUCCUGAGUCUUAUCCACAGUAAUGGUGACAUUUCCUGGUGCCAGAAAGUCCCUAACUAUGUAAGAAUCCCCUGGCUUGACGUCUGCGGCCAUGGAGUAAAGCUAGUGGAUGAAUACCAAUCUCCUCGAUUAUUCUCUUCUCAUUUGCCCAUGCAGUUUUUUCCAAAGUCUUUAUUUUCUUCAAAAGCUAAGGUUAUAUAUACAGCGAGAAAUCCAAAAGAUGUUCUGGUAUCUCUGUAUCAUUAUGCCCACAUGUCUUUUGUCAUUAAGAAACCUAAUAGCUUUGAUGAAUUCAUGGAGGACUUCUUGGAAGGCAGAGUACCCUUUGGAUCCUGGUUUGAUCACAUCAAAGGUUGGAUUCAGAUGAAAGAUAAUAGUAACUUCUUUUUUAUCACUUACGAAGAUCUAAAAAGGGAUCACAGAGGAGCUGUAAAGAAGAUAUGUACAUUCCUUGGACAUGAGUUGGAAGAACAAACCAUUGACUUGGUGGUGGAACAGUCUAGCUUUAAUGUGAUGAAAAGCAACAGCAUGUCCAAUAAUAGCUUACUUCCAGAUUACAUCAUGGAUCCAGAAAACAACAAUUUUAUGAGGAAAGGAAUUAAUGAUGAUUGGAAAAACCAUUUCACGCAAAAACAGAAUGAGUACAUGAAUACAGUUUACCAGGACAAAAUGAAAGAUCUUAAUGUUAAGUUUACUUGGGAUGAGACUGACAGUUUAUGACAUAAAAAUAAAAAAGACACCAACAAAUGUAUGAUAGAACAAAUGAGAUGAAAACACGUAAUAAACAAGUGAAACAGGAA